AUGGACAUCUCCUUCUCGCAAGAUGGGACAGAAAGCCUGGUGCAAUUCGACGUAACCGUCGUAGCCUUUGGGUUGUCGUUUGCAUUUUCUCGGCCGCCCUCUUGCACAAACGAAUGCCUACACCUAGCGAUUUCAAUGCGCAAGCGUGUCAACUUUAUUAUAUUCGUUCGAAUGUGGGAGAACAAACCUCUGGUCUAG